AUGGACACCUGGGCCGGCUGGUCCACCUGGAGGAUAACAACCUACUACCAGCGAAUGGAGUUACUCCUCAGCUCAGGCGGUAGAGGUCUGCGCUAUGGAUCUGAAGGUGUGGCGACCUUCUGUAAGGACAGUGCCACCCCGCUGGCCCGGCCCGGGGAGGGCGGCGCCGUGGGCUGUUACGGAGACCUAGGGGCCUUCACGCCCCAGGAGCUGAAGGCGCUGGACAGCGAGGGGCGCGCGGACACCCACCACCGCAUACGGACGUCGGCAGAGCAGGAGACCACCCUGACGGUGAUCAAUGUGUACUGCCCUCGGGCCGACCCCCAGCGCCCCGAGCGCGCCGCCUACCAGGCAUCCUUCUACCGGCUGCUGCAGGGCCGGGCCGAGGCACUGCUGAGAGACGGCGGCCACGUCGUGAUCUUGGGGGACAUCAACACAUCGCAUCGGCCCAUCGACCACUGUGAGCCAGGGGACCCGGAGGUGUUCCGGGAGCACCCAGGCCGGCGCUGGCUGGACGGGUUCCUGUGGGCGCCAGACGGGCAGGGGCUCUUCGUCUACACCUUCCACCUCCUGCACCCCAGCCAGCCCUACGCCUUCACCUGCUGGCGCAUCGACACCGGUGCCCGGCUCACCAACCAUGGCACACGGCUAGACUAUGUCCUGGCUGACCGGGCCCUGGCGCUGGCCGAGCUGCGGGACGCCCGCGUCCUGCCCGAGGUGCCCGGCUCUGACCACUGCCCCGUGCUGGCUGAGCUGGCGGCCACCUUCCUGCCAGCGCCCCGCUGCCCCCCGCUCUGCACCCGCCACAUGCCCGAAUUCGCUGGCACCCAGCAGAAGCUCAGCCGGUUCCUGGUCAGGGUGGAGCGGGGAGCGGGGGCCGCGGGAGGCCGCGGGACGUGUCGAGGGGCAGGGGCGGGACCGGGGUGCUCUGCACUGAGGCAGAGACGCCCGCCCAGGGGGCAAGCGGACCUGCUGAGCUAUUUCAGAGCCGCACAGGGCCAGCUGGGGACAGGCACGGCCCACAAUGCACCGGGGCAGGGCGGACAAGAGUCGGACCAGAAUGCCUCAGGGCACGGGACACAGGAACCAGCCCAGGAUGCACUGGGGCAGGGCGGACAACAGGAGCCCUGCAAUGGCAUGGUGCCCAGGGAGCUGACGAUGGGGCAGGCAGCGGGCACCCAGCCCAGCAGCACGGCCCGCUGGCGCGCGGUGCUGCCUGGCCCGGCUCCCCCGCCCUGCUGCCCGGCCCACGGGGAGCCCUGCGCCCUGCGAACCGUCCGCAAACCCGGCCCCAACCGCGGGCGGCGUUUCUACGUCUGUGCCCAGCCCCCAGGGCGCCCCAACGACCCCCGUGCCCGCUGCGACUUCUUCCGCUGGGCCGGCGAGGGGCGCUCAUGA